GCGGAGGUGGAGAGGAAGAGCUGCCGGAAGUAGGCUGCGGAGGUGGUGGCCCAGCAGGCAGCAGCUGCCAGGGAAACCGCAGCGCGGGACGCACGACCCGCAGACAGGCUCGGAGGUCAUUUCUGUGUCCAGCACCCAGGAGGCCCGAGAGCUCUCUUUGUCUGGGCCAAAGGUCCCUGGUCCAGCAGCUCCCCUGGACUCGGGCCUUUCGCUAAGCCCGCCAGGGGGCGCCACACUGAGGGGCUGCAGAGUUGGGGGCAGGCGCCGCUGACAGGAGCAGGGGCGCCUGGCGGGGCAGGAGGAGAGCACUCUCCCCCGCUCAGGAGGUACCCCUGGGCGGGGGACCCGGUGUCCUCACCCCAGACUGAGGCAGGGGUUUCGGGGUGCAAGAAGGGCGCCUUGCCCUCUGCCCCCGCCGGCACCCUGGCCAUGACCGGCAAAUCGGUGAAGGACGUGGAUCGGUACCAGGCGGUCCUGGCUAACCUGCUGCUGGAGGAGGAUAACAAGUUUUGUGCGGACUGCCAGUCUAAAGUUAUACUUCUGUUUGAGCAAGUGGCCAGUUUAAGUAGAUACUAACUUUGAAGAAGUUCUGUAUUGGCCCCUGGAAUGUGACAGUUCAGCAUACCACACUGAAAAGGCUUUGUGAAUGCUGGUCCAUUGAUGGCUGAACUGCAGGUCUCUCCCCAGUGGAAAACCCCAGAGAUGAGCCAAAUCUGCCUUCAGCUGUGGCCAUCCAUCAGCGGCCACGAUGGGCCUCCUGGAACAUUGGUGUGUUCAUCUGCAUUCGAUGUGCUGGAAUCCACAGGAAUCUGGGGGUGCACAUAUCCAGGGUAAAAUCUGUUAACCUCGACCAGUGGACUCAAGAACAGAUUCAGUGCAUGCAGGAGAUGGGGAAUGGGAAGGCAAACCGACUAUAUGAAGCCUACCUUCCUGAGACCUUCCGGCGACCCCAGAUAGACCCAGCUGUCGAGGGAUUUAUUCGAGAUAAAUAUGAGAAGAAGAAAUACAUGGACCGAAGUCUGGACAUCAAUGCCUUUAGGAAAGAAAAAGAUGACAAGUGGAAAAGGGGGAGUGAACCAGUUCAAGAGAAAAAAAUGGAACCUGUUGUUUUUGAGAAAGUGAAAAUGCCACAGAAAAAAGAAGAUCCACAGCUACCUCGGAAAAGCUCCCCGAAAUCCUCAGCACCUGUCAUGGAUUUAUUGGGCCUUGAUGCUCCUGUGGCCUGCUCCAUUGCAAAUAGUAAGUCCAGCAAUAACCUAGAGAAGGAUUUAGAUCUUUUGGCCUCUGUUCCAUCACCUUCUUCUUCAGUUUCCAGAAAGGUUGUAGGUUCUAUGCCAACUGCAGGGAGUGCCGGCUCUGUUCCUGAAAACCUGAACCUGUUUCCGGAGCCAGGGAACAAAUCAGAAGAAAUAGGCAAGAAACAGCUCUCUAAAGACUCCAUCCUUUCACUCUAUGGAUCCCAGACACCUCAGAUGCCUACUCAAGCAGUGUUCAUGGCUCCUGCUCAGAUGGCAUAUCCCACAGCCUACCCCAGCUUCCCUGGGGUUCCACCUCCUAACAGCAUAAUGGGGAGCAUGAUGCCCCCUCCAGUAGGCAUGGUGGCUCAGCCAGCAGCCUCUGGGUUGGUUGCCCCCAUGGCUAUGCCUGCAGGCUACAUGGGUGGCAUGCAGGCGUCAAUGAUGGGUGUCCCAAAUGGAAUGAUGACCACCCCACAGGCCAGCUACAUGGCAGGGAUGGCAACCAUGCCCCAGACUAUGUACGGGGUUCAGCCAGCUCAGCAGCUACAGUGGAACCUUACUCAGAUGACCCAGCAGAUGGCUGGGAUGAACUUCUAUGGAGCCAACGGCAUGAUGAACUAUGGACAGUCAAUGAGCGGCGGAAACGGACAGGCAGCAAAUCAGACUCUCAGUCCUCAGAUGUGGAAAUAAAAACAAAACACCUGUAUGGCUGCCACUCUCCUCAGCCCUCGCUCUCCCUCUUUCUCUCCUUUCAACUCCUUCCACCACCACCCCUCCUCUUUCCUGACUUUUCUUCGUUUGGUUUAGAAAUUGCUCAAUAAGUCAUUUGGGAUUUGGCAUCCUGCCCAGCCCAGCCAUUUCCCAAACAUGAAGACCUCUCUGUUGCUUUAUGUUGUACAUGCCUCCCUAGCCAUCCUGACUCCCUCCCAGGCUCUCAGCCCCUAGUCCUUCCCUGGCACCAGCACCUUAGAAAUUGUUGGCAGAAGGCACUUAAACUGCAGGAGAAACGUGCAUACCCUUGAGUACCUUCCUUCAAGGUUAAAUCAGACUCUGGGAAAGGUCUGCAGAUGAUGCAUAUAGGGAAAGAGGGUAAAGUUUAGAGGUCCUUCUAUAUGUAUCAAUAAGCUAUUUCUAAGUUUUCAGAUUUGAAGAGGGAGGAAACGUGUGGCUCAUGAUUUCAUAGGAUUGAAGAAAGUACUGAAAUCAAAUACUCCUUGGGUUUUGGAUCAGGUUGGCCGUCCCCUUGGAGUGGAGCAAGCCCCCUUCUAUGUGGAAGAGCAGAAAUAUUAGUCUCUUUGCCCUCAGUUGCUUUCUGGAUCUGGGGGUUCAGGAGUUGCUGCUUCAGUCAGCCUUUGUCAGCACCAAAGACUUCAUGAAGAUCACAAACAUGCAUCCCUCCCCCACCUCCUCACUGCCUUCCAUGAGAUCUGGCUCCUUGGCUGGAGGACCAACCUCUGCAGUGGGAAUGCACAGCUUAACAUGUAUACUCUUCAUGUGUGUGCGUGCACAUGUGUGUGUAUGUGUGUGUAUGAGCGUGUGUACUUUGCCUCCCAUCCCCUCCCCAUCUGCUCUGGGUGUUUUGUUUUUUUUUUUAGUUUUAGGUUUACAACAGAGAGGAGUUAAUUUAUCAAGCCUAAAACUGUUGCCAGUUUUUCUUGUAGGUUAAAAAAAUUGCCGUCUCAUCCAUAGCUCCCCUCCUCCUUUUCCUUCUCCCAAUCUGCCAAUCACUUUUACAUGCCUAUGUAUCUGGGGUGCUCUGUAUCCCACCUUUCCAGGUGUGUGAGGCACAGGGCCCAGACCGCUUUCCUCUCAGUCAUUGUUCACCUCACUUGAAAAUUCAAACAAGAAGACUUUGCUUAAAAGAUUUCAUGUGUGGGAACCACAAUUCCCUGGUUGCCUUUCUCCUGUGUAUGUGUAAAUUCCUUAAUAAAUAUUGCAGGGAAGG